AUGUAAAUAUACUUAAUUGUUGUUUUGAUAUUUCAAUUAUGGUAUAAGGUGAUUGCAGAAACUGACUCAUCAUAAACCUCAUAAACUUAGUGUAUGGAUGCUGAAUGCACUUAUUGCAAGGCUCAUCAUUUUGUUUUCUAAUUACCUUAGGAUAAUGAUGAAAUUUUGAAUGAAAGAUCUCGAAUUUGUGUGGAAUGUCCAUUCUAGUCAUUUAUGGAGAAUGAAGAAAAUUUAUAUUGUGGUGAUUGCCUUGAUAAUAGUCGAACUUGGAAUGUUAAUAGAGUGUGCAGUUACGACUACUUAACUUAUUCAACAAUCAACUCAGUUUAUCAUCAGAAGGAGAGAUCUUCUGCAGAAUUGUUUUAUGUAGUAGAAUCUGAGCCAGGAAAAAUAGUAUAGUAUUCUACAAUAAUUUGCAAUGGGUGUGAUCACUUUUGUAAGGAAAAAUCAUAGAAAUGUUUUUUAGUACCAAAAGAAUACUAAAAUGACAUUAAUUAUAUGUAUGUAAGUUGUAAGGAAGGUUAUGAAUUUGAUGAACUAAGAUAAUUAUGUAUAUCGUGUCCAUAGAAUUGUUUAUCGUGUGACUAAAACACAUGUUUGAUUUGCAACCAAGGAUUUAGUAAGUUAAUAUUGAGAGAAUCAGCGAAUUCAAAAACUACUAAGGUAUUUUGCAUCCCAUGUUUUGAAUAAUGCAAGACUUGCUAUUUCGGUAAGAAUGGUAUAGAUUUGAAUGUCGACUCUUGGGAUGCAUAUAAUAAAAAAGAAGGUUUAUUAUUAAAGGACUUUUUAGAAAAUUAAACAUAAUACUUUGAAAAUUUAUACAUUGCUUUUUAAAUAGCUUAGAGAUGUGAACAAUGCCAAAGUCUAACUCAAAUAAAGUUUAUACCUUCUUUGAAUAGAAGAUCAUGUGUGCAAUGUGGUAUCCAAUGCAUACGUUGUGAAUAUUAUUCAUAUUGGUUAUCGAAUAAGGAACUCAUUAACCCUUCCAAAAAUAGAAAACAAAUAAUUGAACCAUAAAAUGAGAAAGAAACCCAAGAAUUGUUAGAAUCUCAAUAUGUGUUAAGAUGUAGAGAGUGUCUAGUUUACAAUUAAAUGUUUAAUGCAAUAGGGACUAGUUGUUCCGAUUGCAAGAUAAAUGAUUGUGUAUUAUGCCAUAAAACUGAGAGCUAGAGUUAAAGCAAAGUACCAUUUUCAACUCUCUCAAUCAAUUUUGAAGUUUAACCUUAGGAAGAUAUAUUUAUUGAGAAGUGUGUUCUUUGUAAAGAUGGGUUUUAUUUAACUGAAACUGGAAUAUGUUUGAUUUUUGAUAGUCAGAAUUAUCCAGGGCCAGGAUGUUUGACAUUUGAAAGAUCUUAUGAUUUAAAACAUUGUAGAAAAUGUUAAUAGGGUUAUAUUCUAUCAUUCGAUUCUAAAUCGUAAAUCUGGUAUUGUGUGACUGGUUGUGACUAAAUGUUAUAGGAUUCUUAAUGUGAAUCUUGCGUCUAAUAAGGAGACUAAUAUCGGUGUUAAAUUUGUAAGGUUGGCUAUUAUGUCGAUACUUUAACUAACAAAUGUAAGCCUUGUUCUCUAGAUGGUUAUUGCAUGAAAUGUUACACUUUAACCUUAAAUAUUGUUCAUCAUCCAGAGUGCUUUAGUGCUUAGUACUACUAAGAUUCUCAAAGUAAUACUGUCCUUGGUCCAUUUUGUUAUUAAUGCAUACCUGAUGAUGAUGAUGUGAAAGGGAGAGGUCAUUUUUUGAAUGAAGAUCUGCGAAAGUGUGAAAAAGGAGGAGAUAAAUGCGAAACAUUUUUAGCCAGAGGUGAAAAAGGGUUUUGUGAUUAAUGUCUCAAUAAAAAUUCGAGAAGUUCAUCUAGUGAUGGAAACAACUGUAUUGACUGUCCUAAUAAUACUAUUGGAUGUAGAGAAAGGACAGAGGAGGAAAUCGAAAGGUAGAAUAGGUUCUAUGAACCUUCUAAUGAAUUAAAAAUAUAUUCCACUUUAUCCUUUAAGUGCACUAUUGGUCUAGAUUAAAUGGAAACUAAAAUUUGUAGAUGUCUUAGCGAAUAAAAAAAAAACAGAGAGAUCAGUAUUGAUGUAAGAGCAGAUUGUUCAGAAGAAUAACAAAUAAAUAAUGAUAAAGUAUGGCAAAUUAAUACUCUAUUUUAAGAAUAAAAUAAUGGUUAGUCAACUAAUAAUUAAUUCUAGAAACCUCUAUCUAAAAAUGUAACCAUAAUCCUUGAAAAUAAAGCAUCUCUUAGUAAUACUCAAGAUUACAUAAGUAACAUCACAAAAUUUUACGAGGAUUUAAAUAUUAGAGCUGUUUAUAAAAUCAGUAUUAAUCUCAUUUUUAGUUCAUCCAAUCCUUCCUGUUUUUUUUAAAAGGAUACAUACUUUUCUACUGAUCUUAAGAAAAUGGUAUUUUCAGCUGAAUCAAUUGAAUUAAACAUCAAGGUAGAAAAUGAUAAUGCUAUCAAUUGGUAUUUGUAAAAUAACAUUUAUUUUGAAUAUUUUUCGAAAGUUACAAUAUCUGGAAUCAAUAUGAUGCCAGCUGUGGAUUGUGAUUUGUAUCCUUAUAUUAAAAAACUGCAAAAACCAUUUAGUUUGUAAUUCAUUAAGAAUGAUGGUCUCAUUGUAAGGUUAGAAAGAGUAUAAAUUAUAAAUUAAGCUGCAUACACACAUUAUUUGAACCCAAAAUUGUAUACAACGCCUUACAGUCAGAUGUCACUCUUAAAUAAAAAAUACACGCCAUUUUAUUUUAUUUUUACAAAUGUGUAUGAUCUACAAUUAAACCAAGUUAUGAUUCAAUCUUUAAAUUACUUGCACUUGAAGGAUACAAAUUUUACAUUUAACCUAUUUGGAUUUAAUUAUGAACCAAAUAUACCUUUGCCAUAUUUUCACUUGAAUAUUGAUGAUGUGAUGUUCUCUGAUUUGGGAAUAGAAGAUCAAGCUCUAUUUGAUUUAGAAUUUAUUAAUUUAACACAAUAAUCAUAAAUUAAUUUUCAGGUUCUCGUCUAAUAAGUCAGCUUUAAUGAUGUUUAUUUUCUAAAUGGGGCAGGCUUUAUAAGUCCAAAAUUUAAUGACACCUUAAAUGGAUUAAUAAGGAUUAAUAACCUAUUUGUAAAUAACACGAAAUUCAAUCAUUCUAGAGGUAUCAUUAAUUUCAAUAACAUGCAACAAAUCUAUGUAAUUAACUUUACACUUGUAAAUUCAUUUGUCAAUCACACUUUCUUAUUCCAUAUAACUACUAUUUAAAUGGCUAAAUGUUAUGUUUAUAAUACCUAGUUUACUUCAAAAGGAAGGAUGCUGUAGACUUAACAUGAAUUGUCAAAAAUUUCAAAGCCUAAUCAUCAGAGGUUGAAAUUGGUAUUAGAAGAGAUAACCUUUGAAAAAGUAAUCUGCUUAACUCCACAGUGUUUGAUUUUAAUAUCAGCCAUAAAAAAUGAUUAUGAUAUCCCUGUCAAUAUCACUAUGAAGAAUAUUGAAAUCAAUUAAAUUCAAACAGAAGGAUUCGAUCUCAAAAUUUUGAAUGCUGCAACAAGUGCUGCUAUUAAAAUUGAAAAGAGCUAUAUUGUAUAUGUGUAAGAUUUUAUAAGCAAAGAGAAUUCUAAUUUAUCAAUUCUCUAUGUUGAUAUGGUUUGGAAUAGUUACUUUUAUGACAUCCGUUGCCAUCAAAUACAAAACCUAUAAAUUAGAAAUAAUUAUUGCCUAUUUGUUAAUAAUCUGUACAAAUCUGUUAAGAUAAAAAAUAUUGAAUUGCUGAAUCUGCAUGCAUAAGAUGCUUCAUUCAUAGGAAUAUCAUCGUGGAAUAAUCUGAUAUACAAUACGUCAACUUUAAAUUCAGUAGAAAGCAUCUCUCUUGAAUAAAUCAUAGUAAAAUAUUGCACAGUAUCAACUACACAACCUAGUAUCCCAUCAUCUGCCAUAAUAAUUUAAUCUAAUUAAAAACAAAACGUGUAAUUAACCCAAAUGCAAUUUUAAUAAAAUAAACAUUUUUUAUUAAUACAAGGUAGUUUGACUCCCAGCAAUCCAACAUUGAUCAUGUAAAGUAGUUUGGGUAACCUGCUACUUACAAAUAGUAAAUGGGGAUACAAUUCAGCCCAAGGAUCAGGAGCUGUCUUGCAUUUAGAAUCAGGCAUUUCGACUAUUAGAAAUGUAUCAAUGUUUAAUAAUAAUGAUCCAUACUCUAGAGGAGUGCUAUUUGGUGACUAACAAAAUGAAGGGGGACAUCUUAAAAUAGUAUCCUUUUAGACUACAGUGGACAAUUGCACCUUCUUUAAUUCGACUGCAAAAUUUGGAGGAAGCAUUUUCAUAAAAUCUUUGAAAGAAGGUCAGAUAUUAAUAAAGAACACUUUAAUUUAAGCCUCCUCUACUUAAUUAGAUAGUACUAUUGGUUCAAAAGGAGGUUGCUUAUAUAUUGACUCUAAGGAGUCAAAAUUAAAUAUGACUAUUAUCGACACCAACUUUGAAGAUUGCUUUUCAAGACAAGAAGGAGGUGCUAUUUAUGUACUAAGCUUUUAAUCUUAACAAUAAAUUUUGAUAUAAGAAACUACUUUUUCAAAUUGCUUCGCUUUAAGUGGAGCCAUCUUUAAAGUUAUCUAUGACAAAAAUUAAAAGCAAACCCAAUAAACAAGAAUGGAGAAUAUCUAUAUCCAAGCCAUUCAAUCUAGACAAGAAGAGUUUUUUGAUUCUUUGGGAUUACUAAAGCAAAUUGAGAAAUACAUAUUUUUAAUUAGAACUUCAGCUAUUGAAUAAGACUUUGGAGAAAUAAUUUUAAUUAAUGUCAAUUCAUAAGAUUUACAAUAUUAGGGGUUAUUAUCAGUAAAAUAUUCGUCACUUAUUAAAUUGUAAUCAAUUAUUGUUCAAAAUUACAUAUUAACAUAUAAUCCAUUGAUAGAGAUAAUAGAACCAAUCUUAAAUCCUGUUCAUAUCGAAGAAAUAAAAUUUGCUAACAUCACAUCAAUUAGUUUAGAAAGUGUGAAAUGUAACACUCAAAAACUUAGUAUGACUUGUAAGAUACUCUAGGUCAGAGCAGAUUUCCCUCAAAUUAAGAUUUAACCUUCUUUGAUGAAAAUCGAUAGUAUAAUGCCGUCCACAUUUUUGACUCUGAGAGGAGUCUUAAUCAAUAAAAUACACUGUACAGAAUGUAUCGACGGUCUAGUUUAGAUUACCAGAGUCUAUAAUCGCCUAUUAGUCCAGUCAGUUUUCAUAGAUCAAUGUAGAUGCACAGAUACACUUACAGCUUAUUAUGGUUGUUUUGCAAUAUCAUGUGAACCUCACAUCAAAAUGUAGACUGCUCAAGAUUAAAUUCAUAAUCUUAAAAUACAAACCAAUUUGACUAGAGAAGCAAUCAUCAAUUACACAGGCAUAGUUCCAUCGGAAGAUUUAUUUUCGAUCCAAGAAUAAAGUUAGAGACUUUUGGAAACAGAAUAAAAUUUUUAAUAUGUCAUUCCUAAUCCCACCUAUAAAUCUCAUGUUUUUGUGUUAUCAUUAUUUACAGAAAAUAAUACUUGUUUCCAUGGAUGUGGAAUAUCAAUAUACGAAUUGACGACUAAUAUUACUAAUUCAUAUUGUACUCAGAAUGAAGCCUUAGGCAAAGGAGGAUUCAUUUACUUUGAAUCUGGUUUCUAAUAGCGAAUCAACGUUGCUAAUAUUAGUUGCUAUGACAAUAGAGCUUCAAUAGGGGGAUGUAUAGCACUUUAAGGAGUUGAUAUCAACGAUGUGGCCAAAACUGGCAGUUAGAUCGGAAGAAAUGUGGCCACUUUAUUUGGGAACAAUAUUAAUUAAUUUCCCUAAAACCUGGCCUUAUAUAUUAAUGGAACUCUAUAUUAAAUUCCAACUCCCAUAUUAUUUUAGAGUGGGUAUACUUUAGAUACUUAUCAAAAUUAAAUUAUCUAGAUCCAUUUCCUAGAUUAGGAUUAACAUAUAGUUAAACACUAAAUUUAUUCAAGUCUCAACAUUUAUACAGAUACUUAAAAUGAAUAAGCAAGUAACAAUAGUUGCGAAAUUUCUUCAACUAGUACUAAUAAAACCAGAAGUUUUAACAAUGAACUUCAAGGAUUUGAUUUGUCAAAGUUGACAAUUUGUUAGAAUCCAAACCUUAAUAAAAUAAGGAAUCUCACUUUUACUAGCAGUCACAUUAAAUAACCAAUUUAUAUAGAUGAUUACCCUUAUACAUUUGUAAAAUAUAAAUAGAUGAAUUUACAAUUAAUUGUUAAAUUUUAACCAAUAUUUUGCCGGUUAGGUGAAUACUAUAAUGAAUUUGGUGAUAUUUGCAUUAAAUGUCCAUUGAAUUUCUAUUAAUUGUAACUUAAUAGUAGUACCUGUAAGGAAAAAGACUAUAUUACAAUGAAGGAAGCACAUGGAUUCCAAAUAUAUUUGUUUGAGGACUAUUGGAGGCCUAAAAUUAAUAAUGAUCAAGUGGAAUCGUGCAGGAGAAAAAAGUGCAAAGGAGGACUUUAAGUUGGCAAUGAGCUUUGUACUGAAGGGUCAAUUGGAGCUUUAUGUGAGGAAUGCGAUAUCCAUAUGAUUUUUUGGGAAUAGAGUUAUUAUAAAGAUUGGAAAUCCUAUUGCUCAUCAUGUGAAAAUAUUUCAAUUCGUGUAGAAACAGGCUUUGUGAUUUUGACUUAAUUUCUGAUAAUCCUUUCUUUGGGUUGGAUUUCAGAUGUAAGCAAGGAGAGAAAUAUUCUUUUGAAUUUUAAGAGAACAUUAGGUCAUUCAUAUAUUGUAGAAAAACAAUAAAUAACCCCUUAAGUGUUUUUAAUUAUUAUCUGCCAUAUGCAAUUUAUAUCAAUUAUGAAAUUCUCAAAUAUGGAGAACCCUUUGUUGUCAUUUUUUAUUGCUUUUAAUUCUAUUACAAUGCCAGCAUAAAGUUUGAAGGUGCAUCUGUAAUGCUUGCUUGAAGAUGACUUAUACAUAAGAUUGAUAUAUUCAUUUGUUUUUGUUAUUGGCGGAUGUCUUCUAACCUUAAUGAUUUCGAUAAUUCAGCAGUUUAAUCAAAAAAAAAAAAAGUUGAUAUGUUAUAAAUUUAGAUUCUCAGUUUAAAAUUUUCUGAUACUUGUUUUUAUUUAUGUUUAGCCAAGCUUUUUAAUCGAACUAGUUUAAUUAUUGUAUUAUCGGGCCAUCUCAGGAUCCAAAUACAUUUAUGCAAAUUUAUCCUAUCUAUUUAAGGACAAUUAUGAUUCGAAAUAGAAUUUUGUAAUUAUUUUUUUAAUCUUGAUCACUGUAACACCUAUUCUUGUGUGUAUUUACUUUUAUUUUGCCAUAUAUAGAACAAAAAAAUAUAAAAAAACACGCGUUUUAAUAAAUUGGGGAAUCAUGUACUCAUUUUAUGGAAAAAGAGCUUUAUUGUAUGAAUUCAUAUUCAGAUAAAUUAAAUUGUUAAUCUUUGUUUUAAUAUCCUUCAAUGAAAAGAUAUAUUCAAUGCUACCUUUGGUUUUUAUUAUUGUCUUGAGAAAAACAAUUUAGAAUUUUUUCAAUGUUCAAAAAACCUAUCCCUAUACAUCCAAGUAAAAUAAUAAAUGGGAAAGCAUAUCAGAUUUCGUAAGUUUCACUUCUUAUAUUUUAUCAUCAUUUUUAUUUAACUAAAAUUGGAGUAGCAUUAAUUAGGCUGCAAUAAUUAGUUUAUAUAUCAUCAAUUUGGCUUUUUUUGCUAUCUUUCUUCACUUUCUUUUGGUAAAAUAUUAUAUUAAAAUCAAAAUGCUAUUAAAAAGAAGAGGAUAUGGAUUACAAUAUUAAAUUAUCGAGGACGGAGAAUAGGAAUAGGAGUAAGUGUCAAACAAUAUAGAGAAGAAAAAAAAGAAUAUUAAAAAAAUUAUAGAAGAAAGUAUAGAGAUUUGGAAAGAGGAUAAAACCAAGAAAUUUAAAUUAAUAAGCAAAUAAAUUUAAUACACAAGAAUAUUGUGA